AUGAUGGAAUACGGAAGAACGCGCAAAGGGCCGCUGCCUGGAGGCCGCCAGGGCGCGUCUGGAGCUGGCGCUGGACGCGACAGCAUGCGAACCGCCAGCCGAGCGCGAGGUGCUGCACGACCACCCAGCAGCCCCUCGCAUCCAUCAUCCCCACCAGCUGGUUUGAUGUCGGCAGGGUCUUCGCGGGCCCAGCAAUCGGCACCCGCCACUGGUGGAGUACUCCGCAUGCGUUGGACAACCCAGAUGAACAGCAACGCAUUGCGGGCGUAUUUUAGGGCGAAAGGGGGAGAAACUGGAGGUUUUGCGUAUCGGGCAUGGAUGCAUCGACUUUUUGCUGAGCUGGAGCCAUCUGUAACCGUCACCGAGCAAAACCUGGCAGACCGAGUUCGGUAUAUCUUGCGCUCAAAUACAUUUGAUGUCACCGAACUCGAACGGCUACGACGUGAGGCUGUUCCUUCAUCGGGUGAAAAUGCUGCGGCUGAGGAUACGGCGCCACAACUUGCUGAGCAAACGGCAAAUGUGGAUGCCGUCGUGAAUAGGCCAGUUGUGGUUGAUUCAAACGAUGACGGAACAGUCGCCCAGGAACUGGAACUAGAGCAAAUGAGGAGUACAUUGGAGGAGGCGAUUGUGGAAACGCGCAGUAUGCCUCUCGAAAAUCUUUUUGGCGGACUCAAUUCUUUUUGGCGCCGCGCUGGCAACCUGCCGUAUCAUAGGCGCCAAGGUUUCCACGGCUGGACGCGUUACUGGCCAUAG